AUCGUCGUAGCGUGCUUAAAAGCAGUGGGGGACAAAAUAAGCUUGGCUGGGCGGCGUUUGUCCAAAUAUAAAGCUUUACUGCUGUCUAUUUAGCAUGAAAUGAAACUUAGCUAAUGCCUAGCUGGCUACGUAAUAGUGUGAACUGCAUUUAUGACAUAGGAAGUAUUCUACAAUCCUGCCGGGAUACAUUGUAGCAACCAACGUUGGUAGCAACAGUCUGUGGGGGUCCGCGCUUGGUUUACUAAACAUUUAAUAAGGCAGCAACAUGUGCUCAGCCCGCGGAGUACAGGGCCAACGCAGCUUGUGAAGUGACACAUGUUCUGCUAAUGAACAUUAAUCAUGAAUCUUUUGCCAAAAGCAUCAUCCGAAUUCGCCAGUGAGCAAUACUGGAACGAGUUCUUCCAGAAACGAGGAAAAGCGGCUUUUGAAUGGUACGGAGAGUUCUGGCAGCUUGCAGGAACAAUAUGCAAAUACUUGAAAUCAACUGACAAGAUCUUGAUUGUCGGCUGCGGCAACUCGGCUUUGAGCGCAGACCUCUAUGACACUGGUUACAGAAACAUCACCAGCAUUGACAUAAGUGACGUGGUCAUCCGGCAAAUGAAAGGAAAGUAUGUCGAGGCGCGACCUCAGAUGCAGUUUCUCCAAAUGGAUGCUACCCAGAUGCAGUUCAAAGAUGAUGAAUUCAGUGUAGUGUUGGACAAAGGAACAGUGGAUGCACUGACUCCAGACAGUGAUGAUACUACAAAACUGCAUGCUCUGCUUACCGAAGUGUCCAGGGUUCUCAGAGUUGGAGGUCGGUUCUUGUGCAUAUCACUGUUGCAGACUCACGUCUUGCAAGCAUUGCUCAAGUGGUUUUCCUCAGACCCAGCUUGGACUUGGGUCAUUCAGUUUCAUCGCUGUGUGGAUGCAGAAGCACAGGAGGAAAGUGCGUCGAGGCUAGUGCUGCCAGUGUUUGUAGUCGCCUUCACCAAACUCAAGCGGUUGCCAGGGCUUGAAACAGUAACCGAGUUGGCCCUUGACCCUCAGCUGAAACCAAGACGCGUUCCUGCUUCCACUGUAUACAGCGAAAUUGCUUCCAUUCAGCAGUAUGCAUUUCUUCGACAUCAUAUUAUCAAAAGGAGCAUUGAAAAAGGUGAUGAUGUCAGUCUGGACCUCUAUGCACCUUGGAGUGACACACCUCGCUACCGCCUCUUUGUCUGCGAUCGGCAGGCAAGAAGUGGAACACAUCUAAAGUUUGCUAUCUUCAUUGUACCCCAGGGCAGGGAGUCAGAGUGGCUGUUUAGCACUGUGGAGGGUCGUCAGCAGCUGACUGAGACCUGCCGGGCCGAUCGUGUGAUUGUGGUCCACCUAUGUCGUGAACAAAACUACCUGGGCCUGGAUCAAGUCAAGCAGGAGCUGUCCUCUAAGGUCAUGGAGUUGGCACCUGCUUCAUAUGUGCCAGGGAAGCAGGUCCCAUAUUUGACGGCAGGAGAGGAUGUGGGCCAUCGUCAGAUUAGGCACCAAGGCAGCAGUCCAUUGAGUGGUCAAUAUGUCAUUGAAGAUGUCAGUAUGCCAAAAGGCAUAGUCGUAAGACGCUUAAUAUUUCUUGACAAGCCGCAUGUCAUACAGACAGAAGCUAGGCUUAAAUCAGUAAGGCUGAGGGGACAGAAGUGUAAGAUCUGGGAGGUUGUUUGGGAUGACCUCCGUAGCGAGUACUACAAGUACAUGGUUGCUGGGCUUGCCUUCAUAAUGCCAAAAGGAACAGAGGAACCAGCCACUGCACUAAUGGUUGGACUUGGGGGUGGCACACUACCACUUUUUCUAGCAACCAAGUUCUCAAAGCUGCAACUGACAGUUGUCGAGUUGGACCCUGAAGUGGUAGACCUUGCCAGGAAGUGGUUCCUUCCACAGGUCUGCCCCAUGGAAAUUUGUGUGGAAGAUGGGCUUAAGGCCUUCGACAGACUCUCCAAGGAAGGCACAGCAUUUGACCUUGUCUUCCUUGAUGUGGACAAUAAGGACUUGUCAGAGGGGCUCACUUGUCCACCAGCGGAGUUCCUCACAGAGCAGACAUUGAAAGAACUAACAGCUAUCACUAAGUGCACAGGUGCGGUGGUGAUAAAUUUUGUGUGUCGCAGUGAAGCACUGAAGAAAGAAGUGUACCAGAGGCUGAAGAAUGCUUUUUGUGCAGUUUUUGUCCAGAAGAUACCGGACAAUGUUAAUGAGGUGCUUUACUUAAGUAAUAGCAAAUGUGACGCAACAAUGAAGACAUUCAUCAGUAAUGUGCAGCAACUUGGGAACACCAUGGACACGACUGAGAAUGCUGACAUAGCUGACCUUAUGGAUGGAUUAAAUCUUGUGUAAUACUGUUUUGCACAAAACUGCUCUUC